CCUUUUCACACCUUCCCACGUACUUUUUUCAUCAUUCGGUCUCUUGAAUACCUCCCUGCGCUCACCUACCAGUAUUGCCCUGUUUGGGCCAAGCUGCUGACACUGUUUAGCUACUGCUGCCGGCGGAGUAUUGCUCGGUUAUCUGGCUGUUAUCAUGGAAGUGGAGUUGCGGUGUAAUAACCUUCAGUGUCGUAAAGGCCUGAAUAGCAGUUCCAGAGCAUGUGUUACAACUUGCAGUCAUAUCUUUUGUGUGGAGUGCGCCCAAAAGGCGUUUAACGCUGCUUUGGCCUGCCCAGCCUGUGAAACGCCCCUGACAGAAGGAGAGGACAUUGUUUUCACCGAGCUAAAUCCAAGUGAGGACUACAAGUCGAGCGUACUUUCUGGUCUCCGUCCUGAAGUUAUUAUUGAGAUUGCUGGUCGGGGUCUCAGUUUCUGGGUCUAUCAGAUGACCCAAGAAUCCUGCUUCCAGGAAAUGAUAUAUAAAAAUCUGGGUGAUAAGUACUCACAAUUGGAGAGACAAGUACAAAGCAUUGUCCGCGAAGCAAAUCAGGAAAUUCAAGGACUGCGUGAGAAGUUGAUCGUGUUGCAAAAGGAACAAGAGGUUGAGAAACUGCGCAAUCACGAGCUAGCAGAGCAAUUCGCUGAAAAGGGCCGGCAGUUCCAGAAACUCCAGUUGAUGUAUGACAAACUUAAGCGUAAGAGUCUUAUGCCUCCACAGCAGCAACCGCUGGUAAUUGGAAACGGGCCAGGGCAACAAAAUAAGCUCGGUCAGGGAUUUGGUUUGCCGCUACACAAUCAGGCUUUUCAGACGGGACAGCCAAUCACACCUAUAACUGUACAAAAUGGACCUCAACAUCAGCGCAUACCGUUGCAGCAGCUUCACCAACGCAGGGCCUUCAACCCAGGACCAAUCGCAAACAUGUCGGCCCUUCAGGGUAGCCAACAUGUACAGCAUAGAAUGCCUUUGAGCUACAACAACACCAUGCAACAUGGGCCUGGUAAUGGAGCAGGAGUCGGAGGUCGAAUGCAUCACAGCAUGCCACAUCCCCAAGGUCGACCUCGUACCCCUGUGAUGCCAAUGACCCCAUCCAGCGACCAUAUGGUUAUUGGACCUGGAUCGGCUACACGGGACACAGGUCGCCAUGGAUCUCUGCCUGGUAGAAUAUCCCCUCUGUAUUAGACACAUUGAUGGGGGUCGAAGAAAAUAGGGUCCAUCAUAGACUUCGAUACAUGUAAAUAUUUCGUCGCCUCGUGCUCCUGAAGGAAGCUAACAUCAACCCUGCAAUGUUUGGCAUCCUUGCCUGCGAUUUUGUUCUAAUGCUUACUUCAGUUGGAGCAAGG